AUGGUUAAGCACAACAACGUCAUCCCCAAUCUUCACUUCCACAAGAAGUAUUGCGCUUCUUCCCGUGGACCACUCAAGGUCAGGCUUACCUUGAACCAAGCUGGAAAGAAGAAGUCUAGACGUUUGGCGCGUGCCAAGAAGGCUGCUGCCAUCGCCCCUGCCCCUCUUCAAAAGUUGCGCCCCAUUGUUCACUGCCAAACCCAGAAAUACUCUGCAAAGACUCGUCUUGGAAAGGGAUUCACUUUGGAGGAAUUGAAGACUGCUGGACUAUCUGCCAAAUACGCUCGAUCAGUGGGAAUUGCUGUUGACUUCCGCAGAACCAACAAAUCCAACGAAUCUCUUGAAUUGAAUGUUGCCCGAUUGAAUGCCUACAAGGCCAAUUUGGUCAUCUUGAAGAAGGGAGACGAUGCUUCCGCCAUGACACAACUCAAGGGAAUCAUCCAACCAAUUGUGAAGCCCGAGGCAGAAAUUGAGAUGGCUGAUGUCACAGCUGAAAUGAAGGAAUUCAAGGCCUUCACCACACUCCGUGUUGCGCGAAAGGAAACCAAGGUUGCAGGAUUCAGACAAUCAGUCCUCGACAGAAAGGAAAAGAAGUAA